CUUACAGUCUGGCAAAAAGAUAAAUUGUAAAACCGAUCAAUUGUAUGAUUUCCUCAAAUCUAGGAGUCUGUCGACUCAUUAGAUAAUUGCACGUGCUUACACUUUUCCUACUUGCUUACAAUUUCAGUUAACUCGCAAAUAUUUAAAACAUUUUAGUCCAUGGAGAACUAUUUGCAAUCCGUAAGCCAUUAUGAGGAAGAGGCCCGAAGAAAGUUAUCGCAACAUGAUUUGGGCUAUUUUUCUUUUGCUGCAGGAGCAAGAGAAACCAUGAAAGAAAACUGUGAAGCAUUUAAAAGAUGGCGAUUUCGACCCAGGAUUUUAAAGAACGUUAGCCGAGUGGAUUGCUCGACAGAAGUAAUUGGUUCAAAAAUACCUUUUCCAAUAUGUAUUGCACCAACGGCAUUUCAUCGUAUGUGUGCGCCAGAAGGUGAAUUUUGUACUGCAAGAGCCGCCGAAUCACUUGGCGUAGGGAUGGCAGUAAGUUUAUGGAGUAACAAAACGAUGGAAGAGAUCGCAUCUGAGGUGCCAAACUGCAUAAAAUGGUGCCACGUUCAAUUCAUCAAGAAUCGUAUCGUAACAGAGCAUUUUGUGAGAAGAGCUGAGCAAAACGGAUUCAAAGGAUUUAUAGUGACCAUCGAUGAACCGGUUUUUAGAAAUCGUACUCAUAGAUACGAAGACGAAAAACCACUCAAGUUUGAAACAUCUAUUGUAUCAAUCAAAUUUGCGGAACCUGAUAAGCCGGCCUUUGUUGCGUUUACAUCCUGGAUGGAUGGAAGUGCUGAAUGGGACAGUAUUGAUUGGUUGAAAGGAAUUACCAAGUUACCUGUAGUAAUCAAAGGAAUUCUGACAGCGGAAAUGGCACUUAAAGCUGUUGAACACAAAGUUGACGGAAUCAUUGUCUCAAAUCAUGGCGGGAGAAUAUUAGAUGGUACAUUCGCGACAAUAGACGCUCUACCAGAAGUAAUUCGGGCCGUGAAUGGCAGAGUUGAUGUUUAUUUUGACGGAGGAAUCCGUAGAGGAACAGACAUAGCAAAAGCAAUCGCUCUUGGAGCAAAGGCGGUUUUUGUUGGAAGACCAAUAAUCUGGGGACUGGCAUGCAAAGGCGAGGAAGGUGUGCGGAAUGUUAUAGAAAUUCUCAAAAACGAAUUCAUCUACACUAUGCAACUCCUGGGAGUUUCCACAAUAGAAGAAUUGCAGACGACACCAGACAUAGUUGUUCACGAAACAAGAUAUUUCUCGAAACUUUGAAUUAAAUUGCUUCUAAUAACAUAAUAUAUAUACAUAAAGAUUGUAGAUUAGUCUAUAUGAUUUGCGCAAAUGCUGAUAUUAAUAAUUCUUCGUGUAAAGUCUUGGAUUUAAUAAUAUCAUCAGUACACAGCAAAGUUGUGGUUUAUCAUGUGGCAAAGAAAAAUGUCGAUAAUACACAGUUAAUACUAGAAAAAAUU